AGUAUAAAAUGGGGCUGGGCUCUGCCCGUGCAUCACAUAAAGUUCAACAUGAAGACAGGCACCAUCUUUGUUCUGGUGGCUUUCAUCGUCAGGGGGCUGGAGGUGGCCUAUACUGCGAGACCUACUUUCGGAGCGAUCUGUAUGAAUGAGUGUUCAGGAGACUGGGACUGUGAAGGAGGAAAAGAAUGCGUGGGGGUUGGCUGUGCACGUAUCUGCGCCCCACAGACUAAAAAAGGCUACUGUGAGAUCCGGUGCUGGAAAAACUGGAACUGCGGAGCCAGGAAAUGGUGCACGCAGAAGGGCUGUAGGAAAGUCUGCCACGGCUCCUCCAGAGGAGAUUGUGUGCAGGAAUGCCGAGGACCCUGGGACUGCGCUGUAGGGAGCUGGUGUGUCAACAACGGAUGUAGCCGUGUCUGCAUACCCUUAGGAAACUCAGCUGCACAGAGAGAGAGGAGGCGGCUAUACUGGGGCCACUACUAACCUCUGGGAGAAUUAGAAAAGAAUAGAAUUCUUCCAAGUCUAGAAGACCAUGAAGACAGAUUAAUAAUAUCUUGCUUUAGAAGUAUUUGUAAACUUGAAAAAGCUGGAAAUACACUUAAAGCAGAAAUGAAAUAACGUUAAGGUACCAAAUUAUUCUUCAACAAGGUCUGGAAAGAACACGGUUAUGAACAAGUUAGCUGAUCUCUCACACCCAAACACACGUCCACACCGGUGUGAAACACACAGGUCCAUUCAUUCAGUCCACCAGCAUGUACGUCUGCCCAGGCGGAUUCUUGCCAGCCAUGGCUGGCUGGUACUCUUUCCCCACAGAACCUUCAACUCCCUAGGAUUGAUCCUUCAAGCCUAGGAUUGAUCUUCGCUGCUGUAAGUUUGGUGGGUGCAUCAAAGUGGCCUGGGAGUGACUUCCCUGGUGGUCCAGUGGUUAAGACUGCAAGCUUCCAGUGCAGGGGGCCCAGGUUCGAUCCCUGGUUGGAGAACUAAGAUCCCACUUGCUGCAUGGCACAGCCAAAAAAACAAACAAAAACCAAAGUGGUCUGGGAACUAGGGAGGCUAUAGAGUUAAGACUGGGUGUAUCAUCCAGGGAACAGCUCACUAACACACCUCUACAUGGUCUCAGGAUCAAGGACCACACUUAGAUGUUUUGGGGUGGGGGGGAGACAGAGGUGUAUGUAAGGAAAUUCCACAGAUGAAGGAGAUCUCUGCCCAACAUGGAAUAGAGAAUUGUCAACCACCAUUUCACUUGAUUCACAAGAGUGAUGUCCAGCCUGCAUUUUCCAUGUUAGUCAGUCUACCCUAACUCAAUAGGGUAGACUGUUUUGGGGGGUGAUAUACAGCAGGGGUUCUCCCAUAUCAACACA